AUGACGACUCUGGAGCAGAACCCCGCAGACGAAUUGGUCGAUUAUGAGGAAGAUGAGCAAAAUGAUGCCAAGGAGAAGGGAGUCGAGGACGUCGUUGUUGGCCGUGGAAACUACGUUUCCAUCCACGCUUCUGGCUUCAGAGAUUUCUUCUUGAAGCCCGAGUUGCUGCGCGCGAUUGGAGACGCCGGCUUCGAGCAUCCGUCAGAAGUUCAGCAUGAAACCAUUCCCCACGCCAUCACGGGCGUCGAUGUCCUGUGCCAGGCCAAAUCAGGAAUGGGCAAGACCGCCGUGUUCGUGUUGAGUAUUCUCCAGCAGCUGAACCUCGACGCGAGUGGCGAAGAGGGAAACACUCAGGGCGUGGUGUGCUUGGGCAUUGCACACACGCGCGAGCUGGCUUUCCAGAUUAAGAACGAGUUUGACCGGUUUAGCAAGUACCUGAAGAACGUCAAGUGCGAAGUCGUCUACGGAGGCAUCUCGAUUCAGAAGAACAUCGACAUGUUGAAGGAUCCAAAGACGACGCCGCACAUCCUCAUCGGAACGCCGGGGCGUGUCCUGGCGCUGAUCAAGGGAAAGCACCUGAAUGCGGAGAAGGUUGCGCACUUUGUCUUGGACGAGUGCGACAAGUGCCUGGAGAAACUCGACAUGCGAAAGGACGUGCAAAACAUCUUCAUGGCGACCCCCAAGAAGAAGCAGGUGAUGUUCUUCUCGGCCACGAUGAACAAGGAGAUCCGCGACGUUUGCAAGCGUUUCAUGCAGAGCCCCGUCGAAGUCUUCAUCGACGACGAGAGCAAGCUGACGCUCCACGGGCUGCUCCAGUACUACGUCAAACUCCAGGAGUCGGAAAAGAACAGGAAGUUGAACGAUUUGCUGGACACUCUCGAGUUCAACCAGGUUAUCAUCUUCGUCAAGAGCGUCUCCCGAGCGCAAGCUCUGGACCGUCUCCUCACAGAGUGCAACUUCCCGUCCAUCGCCAUCCACGCGGGUCUCGACCAGGAGGAACGCAUCAACAGGUAUCAGCAGUUCAAGAAUUUCGAGAAGAGAAUCAUGGUAGCUACAGACCUGUUCGGACGUGGCAUUGACAUUGAGCGCGUGAACAUCGUUAUCAACUACGACAUGCCUGACUCAAGCGACUCGUACCUGCAUCGCGUGGGACGCGCUGGGCGUUUCGGCACCAAGGGUUUAGCGAUCACUUUCGUGGCCAGCCAAGACGACACGAACGUCCUGAACGACGUCCAGACCCGUUUCGAGGUUCACAUUGCGGAGAUGCCGCAGAGCAUCGACGCGUCUCAGUACAUCAACCAGUAA